AUGCCACCAUGCGUAGUUUUGCAACACCGACCUGCAGCGUGGAUAACCAAGAAGAGACAACUGCCACUGUCCAUCUUUGCCGCAGCUGUGCUGACCAAAGAAGGACUCUUGGAAAUGAAGGACCUCAUAUUCAAAGACAGCGAUAUGAUGCGAGAUCCCAAAGACCCUGUAUCUGGCGCUCUGCUGGGCUGCUACGACGUUAUCGGUGGGAUAACGCUCGGGCUAGCGGCAGGCCCUAUAGAACUAGGCAAGCAAGCCAGUCCCCUGUUGAAGUCGUCCAAUCACAGCCGCAAGAAUUCAGAGGCGCAGAUGGAAAAGUCUGAUGCGGCUACGUCUGCCAGUACGAAGAGCAUACCGCAGGCUGCGGGCAAAGUCGCGUUAGGCGCCGCAAAAGGCCUCGGCCGCGUCGUCACGACUGGGCUGAAGAGCCCGGCACUCAUCAUGCACAGUGUCACGCGGGGCUUCCAUAAUCUGCCAAAGGCAUACGGCGAGGAAGUGCGAGUAUACGAAAACGUAACUGGGCUGAGAAGCGGUCUGCUAGUCAGUGCCAAGAGCUUUGGCCAUGGUCUUGGCGACGGUCUUCGAGAUUUCGCUACGAAGCCCAUUGAUGGGGCCGAGAAAAACGGAAUCAUUGGCUUUGGCACCGGCCUAGCGACAGGCAUUGCCAAUUUGGCCUUCAAGCCUACUGCAGGCGCGUGUGGGCUCGUGGGAUACUCGUCGGUGGGGGUGUACAAGUCGAUUCGAAAGAUCGGGGCUUCCAAGAAAGAGAACCCGGCAGACGUGGCAAGGAAACUGGGUGAAGACGAAUAUCAGCAAUCGACUGAUGCGGAUAGGCUAUUCGUUGUACGACUUUGGUGUCAGAUUCAGAUGCGCAUGCGGAUAGACUAG